AUUUCACUUCCCUCUGCUAAAGGAUGCAACAUCUGCUCUGUCUGUGAAGGCAUAAAUUAUCUCUCUGUGUUCAAGAUUACUUGAAUUUCCUGAACUUUGUUUUUUUUUUAAGAAAAGUUUUGAGAAAAAUGCAGAUUUGGACUAAAGUCUGAUCUGAAUGCAAUCUUUAUGUUUAAUGAAAAUGUAGAGAAAUUGUAGCGAAGAGCAGAUGCAAAAUUAAGCUUCAUAUCCGUUCAUGAAUCUCAUGGUUGAAGAGCUGAAAGAGCAUUUUUCUGAACACUCAAAGCAAAAGACAUGUGGCCUACUACUGUAGACUACAUAAAUUCUACCUUAAUCCAUAGGGAGUGUCUUCAAAGUUUCCCAAGUAAGGAAUAAUUGAUGAUGGCAAGCUGAAUUAUUGAAAAUGUAUCCACACCCCGAGGUGGUAAAGCAGCUUUGAUGCGAACCCCAUAAUUUGGAGUCAGAGACUGGGUAAAACGGUCAAACGAUCGAAGUCGACAGAUAUCUCUCUUUUGAAUGUGCUGCUUGAAUAAAACAGUACAUAAUGAACACAGUUCCUAAGCUUUCACUGGAUUACAGAGCAAAGGACUAAAAUAUGAAACUGCAAAACAAAGAGUGCAAGAGAGAAAAAACUUAAGAAUGGUGAGUGAAUUGCAGGGCUUUUACUCUUGGUCAUCAUAGUGUUGAAAAACUGUAACUCAGAUGAUGACUUCAUCAUCCCUUGGACACCCCUGAUUAUCUCAGUUUCGGACUACUAAACCACACCUUAUAAUAACUACAUCCAGAACGACGAAAUCAUGAAUGGUUUGGCAGACACCUCUGUGAAAUGUGUACUGGUUGGGGACUGUGCAGUGGGUAAAACAGCACUCCUUGUACGCUUCACUUCUGAAACAUUCCCAGACAGCUACAGACCCACUGUCUAUGAAAACACUGGCGUUGAUGUAUUCAUGGAUGGCAUCCAGAUCAGCUUGGGAUUGUGGGAUACAGCAGGGCACGACACCUUCCACCGAAUUCGGCCUAUGUCUUAUCAGCAGGCGGAUGUGGUUUUGCUAUGUUAUUCGGUAGCAAAUCCUAACUCAUUACAAAAUCUCCGGCAUAAAUGGAUCGCUGAGGUGAGGGAAUUUCUUCCAAAAGUACCUGUUCUGGUUGUUGCCACACAGACAGACCAUCGUGAGAUGGGACCUUAUCGUGCUAAUUGCACCACAGCCUCGGAGGGCAAACAGGUGGCCCAGGAGAUCCAUGCAAAGGGAUAUCUGGAAUGCUCGGCACUCAGCAACCGUGGCGUGCAACAGGUUUUUGAGUGUGCCGUUCGAACGGCCGUUAAUCGGGCACGAAGACGGACACGGCGUAGACUGCUGGACCUUAACCCCUGUAAAGUCUCCUGAAGGUCGUGAAAUGGAGAUAUUAUUUAAUUAUAACCUACACAUAUGGGUUCUUAGGAACCUCCUUUUUCUCAUCACUAAGUCAUAAAAGAUUUUCCUCAGUUAUUUCAGACACAAACUAAUGGAUGCCUUAAGAAAGACCUCAUCUUACUACUGCAUUCAAAGACUAUUUCAUGUCAUUUAUAGAAAAAGACAUGUAUUCUCAAUUGACAUGAGAUGUUUUGUGGAAAAGAUUGUUUGAUUUUGAAUCUAGACUUUAAAAAAUAAUUUUAACCUAAAAAAAAUUAUUCUAAAUUAACUAGGUUAAUUCAAGUCAGAAAUAUUAUUUAACAUGUGUAAAUCAACCUGACUACAUGGUAUAUGCUUUAGACCAGUGGUUCUCAACUGGUUUUGCUUCAGGACCCAGAUUUACAGUACUAAACACAGUACUAAAACUGUUUAAAAAGAUGUCCUCAGAAUAAAACACGGAAAUGUGUUCAAAUUACACUGAUAAAAAUGUGCCUUAUGUGGUAAAAUCUAAAUCAAUUGAUUUAAUUUAAGUCAAAAACAUGAUUCAAUGACACUGAAUCCUGACCUGAAUAUAUAUCGUUUCACCGACAAAACGUAUUUUAAUGGUAAGAUCAUGUUGGAAUAGCUCCUUAAGGGAACAUUUGCAGGUUACCACUUUUACGGUGUACAAUAAACUGCACAGGCCUAAAAUUAUACAAUAUUAUUAAGAUGACAGGCUGAAUUGGAAGAUUGUCAAUUUUGUAAAAGCAUAAAUAACAGCAGAAGUGUGAUUUACCAGACUAACACAUGGAACAAACACUGGGCCAAAUAUUAGUAUAAGCAAUAUUACCAUGUGACGGACAAAUUUUAAAGGAUUGUAGAAUUUGAUUAGAUGCACAGGGUUUGACGUCAAUAAUUAAUAAAUAUAGAAGCUAUUUCUCCUCCAUUUUCAAAGUUGAUUAGUCUAUUUAUCUUGCUCUCCUGUCUAUACAUUAUUAUAUGGUUAGUUGCAUUUUCUUACAUACAUUCAGCAAUUUUUUCCCUUCUGUCCUCAACCCUGUCAGAGCAGAUCUGCGACCCACCAGUUGAGAACCACUGCUUUAGAUCACACACUUUAAAUUGAACAGAUAUUAAUUAAUUUGGUCAUUAUAAAGCUGUGUCCUUGUUGUUAAUUUUAAACAAUUCAGCGUUUACUAGGAUUUUCCAAGAACAUAUUAUUUAAAAAGGACAAAUGCAGCUGUUACAUCUGUUGGAAAAUUUACAUUUUGUUAACUUUAGUUCUUUUGCAGAACUGAACAAAAAAUUGUAUCUGCUCUUUUAGCUUACUUUUUCUAGUAGCUUGCGAACAACAGUCCCUUAUUGGGCUCUUAAAACCUACUCCAGUCUCCCGGUAUCUAUGCCAGAACUGUGAUGAAUUAUGGAUGCAUGUAUUCACAUUAGCUCAUAAGGCCAUGAGAUCACAUGGUGUGAUGAGCAACAUCUCAGUUUUAGUUAGGGAAUAAAUCAUGUGCCGUUGUGUAUCUUUGAUUUGACGACAAUGCUUUUUACUGUAUCUUAUACACUGUUCACGGGGGUUAGGAAUAGCAGCAAUAAAGUAUUCAGUCCUGAAGUUCUUAUUCUCAAAAUAUUGAUUUCAUAGCGUUUAUGGGUUCACUUAAAUAAGCAAUUGUUUUAAGAAAUAAAUUUAAUUUGUUCCUGUGUGUGUGUGUGUAUGUGUGUGUGUGUGUGUGUGUGUGUGUGUGUGUAUGAUCUGUCAUGCAGCCAACCGGGGAACAUCUGUGUGUGUGUUUACAUCAAUUCUGCCUAAAUGAGCACAAGCUUAGUUUUCCUUAAAAAAUGGUAAAAACAUUGAGUUUCACUAGAUAUAAGUAGUUUAGUUGGAGAACAGAAUUUGGGGGAUAGAGUUUCAUUGGACUUAAGUAUCCCAUAGAUAAAUUACAAACUUUGACAGACAAUAAGGAUAUUUGUCUUUUUGUUUUUUGUUUUUUUGUCUUUUUUUUUCUUCAAUAUUUUUCAAACUUAAGCUAACCAAGCAAUCUGUUAUAACAAUGAUGAUAAAAUAUCUUAACAGAAUUGUAUGUUCCUGAUUUGGUGGAAAGCAUUAAGCUGAAAUAAUGGAUGGCAAAAAUAAAGUGUGUUACAAAUGAACAAAAUCAGUGCAUUAAACUGUCUUUUGCCA